AUGUCGGGUAUGGAGUUCCUGAUGGGGAACCGCAGCGAAACAGCACUCAUCCCCGCGGCCGGCCUCAACGGGACGUUCCCCCGCGUCUCCCACCCUACCGGCGCUUCCGCAGCCGCGGCAUCAGUGGCAGAGGCGGCAGCUGCCGCGGCAGACUUGCCGAGGCGCCCCGCGGGCAGCGACGUCUACGUGUACGUGUGGAUCUUCCUCAGCCUGCUGGCGUUCCUGCUCACCCUGCUCGUUAUCUCCCUCCACCGGCUGAAGAACAUCAUCACGUCCUCAUCUUCCCUGCCCGACUGCAGCAGCGCCGGGGGCGGUAGCAGCGGCAGCGACCGGACGAGCUCUUUCACCAACAUGGAGAUCUGUAGCAUCUCGUCCCAGAAGUCCACCGUCUCCACCCUGUCUAACUGACGGGUGUGGUGGAUGCGGGACAAACAAGCGGGACACGUGUACAGUGACGCGCGGUCAUGUAUGGAAACAAGCAGAAAGACGAUAGGCCUCAUUGAAGACUGAGAAAAGUUUAGCCUAAUGUUAAAGGUAGCCUAUGCUCUCUAGGCCUAUGA